ACAGGUUGAGGCCUUGGCGGUGGCAUGGCCUUCCAGGGCUGUGACUGCCUCUGCCUUUUGGUCUGGCUCUUGCUGCUUCAGACGCGAUUGGGCAAGGCUCGUAUGGUUCCAGGGACGCUGUCUCUUUCUCCUCUCCCCUCAGAGGAUGGCCUAGAUGACUCGGGUGUAAACCCACAAGAGAGGCCACUCACAGUUAUGCCUGAGACCUCGUUGCCCCGCAAGCCUGGGGACAGCACGAGGCCCCUUGAUUCGAUGGCAUUUACUCCAGGUCAAUCUUUUUCAACCAUGAGUCUGUCAAGACAACCGUUUCCAACAUGGGUUCCACCCACUUCAGCUUGUGGCCACAGAAUUGCAAGGAUAGUUGGUGGAAGGCCUGCGCCAGCGAGGAAGUGGCCGUGGCAGGUGAGCCUGCAGGUCUACAAUCAGCACAUCUGUGGUGGCUCCCUCAUCAGUAAAUGGUGGGUGAUUACUGCGGCCCACUGUGUAUAUGGACACCUGGAUUAUGCAGUGUUCAUGGGAGAGGCUGACUUGUGGUCCAAAAGGCCAGUCAGGAUUCCAGUCCAGGACAUCAUCAUUCACCAGGAUUUCUCCAUGAUGAGAACAAUUGUUCAUGACAUCGCCCUUGUUCUGCUGGCCUUCCCUGUAAAUUACAGCGUCAACAUCCAGCCCGUGUGCAUCCCUGAAAAGUCUUUCUUGGUACAACCUGGGACGCUAUGCUGGGUGACCGGAUGGGGCAAAGUACUUGAAAAAGGUAGGUCGUCGAGAAUACUGCAGGAGGUUGAGCUGAAUAUUAUCCGUCAUGAGAAAUGUAACCAGAUUCUCAAGGACAUCAUGGGGAAUAUAUUUACCCUGGUCCAGGAUGGGGGAGUCUGUGGCUAUAAUGAGAAAGGAGGAGAUGCCUGCCAGGGAGAUUCUGGGGGCCCCCUGGUCUGCAAAUUUAAUGAAACGUGGGUGCAGGUAGGGAUCGUGAGCUGGGGUCUCGGCUGUGGCCGAAUUGGAUACCCUGGAGUUUAUACAGAAGUGAGUUACUACAGAGACUGGAUCAUUAAAGAACUGAGUCGGGCUUCGUGUUGGAACCUAUCAGGCUUCCUCGUCUUAAGCGUGUGUCUGGUGCUUCACCUGGCCAUCCUGGUGACCCUGUGAUCCCCACAGCUCAUGGUCCUCUUGUUUCUGAGCCUCCACUAGCUUCUCCCCUGACCGGAUUUCCCCACCAAUGCUUUCUUCAAAUUCUACUUGGGAUCGCUUGCCUUAGUGGAGCAGGAGCACUGCAGGGAGUUUGGGGCUUGUAGCAUGUCCCGCCCUGGUGCUCUUUGUCAUCUGCCUCAGCUACCACUGAACUAAGGCUGUGCUUUACCUGGAGUGAAGGAUUGUGGCCCACUUCCCAAUAGAGGACUAUCUGGCCUGCCAGGUGGAGGGAGAUAACUCAUUUUUGUGAGUUAUUUUGGAAAAAAGAACAUCUCUAGAGGAGAGACUUCAUCAGGAUUGAGUGGGCACUGGGUCUAACUGUCUAUUAGUCACUCUCACCAGAGACUCUAGAAUACCAGUGAGAUCUGUGGUCACUCACAGACAGAGGAGGCAUUUCCUGCAGAGGUGUGAGGCUGGUGGGAAUCCAUCUGUGAGUAUAAAACUUUUGCUACACAACCUCCUGGGAGCAACCCUGUCUGGUACUGCCUUCAACAGUUCCCACACAGUCACCUCCAGGGCCACCGCAAGUUGUGGUGGUACAGUUUUGGAGAGGAUAGAUUUUAGAUGUUAACUGA